AUGUCGGUGCUAAACCUCGAACCCUCGGAGCUCGUCGCUCUCCAACACGUAUCGCGCCGCUUCCUCAACCUCUCGCGCGACAACAACCUCUGGAAGUCGCUAUGCUUCACCCACUCGGUCGCUGAGCGCCGUCGCCGCCGUCUCGAAAUCACCACCGACAUCGACCCCCGCCUCGCCGAGCUGAUACGCGCCGCUGACACUCUCGCCAACACCUUCGAUACCUCUGUACAUGAUGAAAGCGCGCCAAGUGCUGAGUCACAGCAGGAGCGCAAUCAGGAGAAGCGGAGGCAGGCGCUGAUUGCGAAUUGGGAUCCUAGUUACCCUGGUGAGAAGGUGAAUUGGUACCAGGACUUCAUACAGCGGCAUGCCGAGCAGAAGAUUAGCUGGUUCCAGGAUGCUGGGACAGACAAAUACGAGGGGGCCAUAAGGAGGGAGGCUACGGGUGCAGGUAUCCUGUUCGACGACGAUGGCUUAGCAAACAAGCUCAUCGCCCCCCUCGACGAUGGCAGUAUCAGUAUCUGGGACGCCUCAGCGAGCAGCGACCGACAGGGCAAGAUGCUAGCGAAGAGCGACAUCGGGCUGCUACCAGGCAGAGGCUCAGACCUCGACUACGACACGCGCCUCACACAAAGCCAAGCCAUCAUGACAGAAACCGGUGCCGUCGAAUGCGUGAGCAUUGACAGCAAACUCCACAAAGGCUUCUUCGCCGUCAAAAACGCCCUCAACGAAGUCGAUCUCAACACCCUCCAAGUCGUCUCACGAACACCGUACCCCUUCCCCAUCACCGCCCUCUCGGAAGCCCACCACCGCACCCCCCUCACAGUCGGCACAAACUGGACGCUACACCUCCACGACUCGCGCAAACCUCCCGCACCGCCUUCGUCCGUCCGCUGCGAGCUCAUCGGCGGCCCAACCGACAGCGACUUCUCGCGCCUCGACACCGGCGACUUCGACGGCCACGUCUCGCUCUCCCAGCCGGGUGCGCUGUCCAUACUCCACCUACCUACAACGCGCGACUGGGAUGGAAACGGCGAUAUCUGGGUCGCAGGACGCUUCACCAGCAUGUUGAACUUUGACCGGAGGUCUUUCCCGAGACUACGCGGUACUGUGCAUUCUGGCGCAAGGCUAUCGUGUAUCACGGCUAUACCGCAUCCCUUUGUACCACAAGAUCUGAGACUGGGGAGACCGUACAGCAGUCCGGCAUUGUUGCGCGACGCGAAAUCUACACCGGGGUACACGUUGAUCGCCGCGGGUGAAUACAAAGGCAAAGGCUCGCUGGAAUUAUACGGCCUCUCGAAUGAACCGUCUCGUUCUAUCAACUCGAGCGACAGCCGCACGACGCGUAACCAGAAAGCGUAUUAUCAGAAUCGGCAGACGGCUAGUAGCUCCAAGUUGUUGGCUGUGGCGCCGCAGGGCACGCGACUUGUUUUCUCGGAUGGCGACGGGAAUUUGAAGUGGGUUGAACGGGAUGGGAGUACGCCCGUGCGGCAGUUCAACAUUAAUGAUUUCCAGAGGAGCAGGGAUGGGGAGACUGUGUCGCAACGGCAUCAUCACGGUAGUCUUGUGAAUGCGACGCCGGAGGAGGAAGCGGGGUGGGGGGAUAUUGUGCAGAAGAUAUUGCCUACGACUAAUUCCUCGCUGCUUACGCCUUACUCUCCGGCUUCUUCUGGGACUGAGUCUCUUGGUCUGAAUAACCUGGUGUUGUGGACGGGAGAUGGCAAGUUGGGGCUGCUGGGCUUUGGCAAGGAGCCGCCGAUGGCGAGGGACGUUUUUGAGGAUGCGUUGGAGAGGCAGGGUGAUGGGGAGGAGGGAGGGGAGAAGAUGAGGGAGAGACAGUAUGGUGUUGAGAUGAGGAGGGCGCUGAAGCAUCAGGCUAGGGAGUUGAGGUGGUUGAGGGGGUAUGGACUGUAA